AUGAGCACCGACGAGACCAGCAAGGGCGAGGGCGAGGGCGAGACACAGUCACAGCGUCUCCACCGGCUGCUAGAUGCAUUUCUGAGCAAGCCAGACCAAGAUGAGAGGGUCAUCCAUGCCGUUAAGAGCUCGCUCAAGAUGGACCUCCCGUUUGAAAAGCCUAGAAACUUGUUGCCCCUGGAUGAGGCAGAAAUUCGGCGCCAUCAUGCCAUCAAGAUUGAGUCGCACAUACGCACCUACGACCCAAAUUUCCAAAUCAAUGCCGUCCAGCUCGCUAUAAUAUUGCUCGUCCCUCUUUCAGUUCUGAAACGCCAUGGCUACCUUUCGCAUCAAACUGUAACAGCAAUCGGACUAUAUGAUCGUCUGGAAAGCAUACCAUCGCUAACAAAGCACUUUCUACAAAAGAAAUGGACCAACGACGAAUACACUCGCCUGUCCAAAGCGCGCCAAUUGAAUACAACAAGCAGCAAGAAGUCAAGCAACAAGAAGUCAAGCAGCAAGAGGCCAAGGCCAUCUGCAUCCUCGCGUUUGGAGGACGACGACGGAGAGUAUCUACCGAACGACCAAAGCAGGAACAAAACCGAGAAAAAGCUUUGCCUUGAAAGAGACGGGGAUGCCUGUGUGGUGAUGGGGACUAGCAACCCUGAAGCAUGCCAUAUUGUUCCCUUCGCCUGGAACAAAAGCCACACAGCUUUGCGCAAGACGUCAAUGGUCUACGAUUACGGCAGAGCUUUCUUUGAUGGAGAGUGGCUUGUAACUCAUGAGAAACAUCUGGCGAACCCCAACAAUCCAGGCUCCUCAGAUAAGGCCUGGAAUAUGAUUUGCCUCAACCACCAACUCCAUGCUUGGUGGAGUAGUGCUCGACUUGGCUUCAAGUGCCUUGGCAUCACGCCUAGCACCAAGGAUCAGUCGAAAUCUACCGUCAAUCUGCAGUUCUAUUGGAUGCCACGACAAGACUUGAAACCGACCGCCAAGAUGACCCUCGAAGGGGACCACAACAACUUUGACGCUAUGGCGGAUAGCGCUACUAUGUUCCCUCAAGGCGGAAUGCCUCCUGUAUCCGGCAAGCUGGGCGCGUCGCACAUCGACGCCCACAUCCCUAUUCUGUCCGGGCACCUCAUCGAUAUUCAAAUGCCGACCGCAGACGCUGCUCUCUUCAAGGCCAUGAUCGAUUAUCAAUGGGCUCUCAUUUGUGUGGCGGCUCUUUCCGGCGCUGCUGAAGCACCUGAGCUACUGCCUGACCACCCGGGCUGGGGUGAUCCAGACCUAAGAACUGCAGAGUGGGUUGAAGCGCAGGAGGAGUUUGCCACAGUGCCCCCAGAACCACCAGCCCCCGAGCAACAAGAGACCCUCAUGGGGCCUGAAGAGAAACAAGAGGACCUACCUCUCAGCUUUACUACAAACUUGCCCUUCCCCCAUCAAGCUCCCGGUUCGAAGGUGCUAAGUACCGAUACAUCUCCCACUAAGUUGAGUCAGAGAACUGAGCAAGCUCCCGCCCAGGGGCAAGCACCCAAGCGAAGCCGUCUUACUGAGAACAUGCCUCCGGAUGCUUCUCGCCGUGGUUGA